AUGGGCCUCUUCUCUCGUAGAGACAAGAUUGCAAAGGCGGACCUGCAGUCUACACCCGCCCCCCUAAACACAUCCUACUCCAACUCGAGCGUCCACUCGGCCGGUUCCAUGAGCUGGGCAAAGAGAACCUCUGCCGGGAGCGCCACCAAUGGCACCAGCAGUAUCAGCAGUCCCCCUCUAAUAUCGCCCAGGGGUCCCGUCAAGAUGCCCAAGAUGGAUAUGCCGCGCCCGCCCGAUCCCAACCUUGACCCCGCCGGAUAUCUUCGUAGUCUAGUGGCUGUCAGGGAGCGCAGCCAAGUUAUAUACGAGAAGGCUCUGCGAGACGACCUGGCUCACUUUGACGUCGACAUGGACAAGAUGUCUGAUGUCGUAUCUUUCGUCACUCGAUUGAUCAGGAGAGAUUUCGACGCCCCCUAUACCAGCAUACCACCUCACAGCCGCUACCAGCACUUUUGCGUCGGCGGUCGCGACCGCAUCGCCCAGCUCCUCUCUACCUGGCCGUCCGAGGUGGAUAACACUGAACGUUGUAGGCGCUUGAUCGACCUCUUCCUCGUCAGCGUCCUCAUUGACGCCGGCGCGGGUACAGAGUGGUCUUACAAGAGCUCGGACAACGGCAGGGUAUACCGCCGCUCUGAGGGCAUUGCCAUUGCUAGCUUGGAAAUGUUUAAAUCUGGCCUCUUUUCCGGCGACUCCUCCAACAGGGCGCAAGUCGACAAGGUUGGUCUUCGGGCUCUUACUCCCGAGAAGCUGGCUGCCGGUCUGCAGUCGCGCCCAGGAAAUGAGAUCGUCGGUGUAGAGGGUCGAGCAGAGCUGCUGAUCAAGUUGGCCGAGGCUCUUGAGGAGAAGAAUGAAUUUUUCGGCGGCGAUGGUCGUCCAGGACACAUGGUUGACCACAUCCUAUCACACCCGUCGACGCAGGCCUCUUCGAUGCCUAUUGUUCCUCUGACAGUCCUCUGGAAUAUCCUCAUCAAUGGCUUAUCAUCCAUUUGGCCCCAGUCGCGCACAUCCGUCAACGGCAUUCCCUUGGGUGAUGCCUGGCCAUGCCAGUCCAUGCCUCGAGAAAACGGUGGUGACUGGGAGACUAUCUUGCCCUUCCACAAGCUGACCCAGUGGCUCGCCUAUUCGGUUAUGCAGCCCAUGCAGUCGCUCCUACGCAUCCAUUUCGCCGGUACCGAGCUGCUCACAGGCCUGCCCGAGUACCGCAACGGUGGUCUGUUCGUCGACCUGGGCGUCCUCAACCUCAAGAGCCACGACAUGGACCGCGGUCUGGAGAACUACUCCGACUACUGCCGCCGAACGAACACCAAGGGGAUUGAAGUGGCACCCAUGUUUGAGACGGGUGAUGACGUCGUGGUUGAGUGGAGGGCUGCGACGAUCGGUCUACUCGACCGUCUGUGCCUGGAUGUUAACAUGGUUCUCAAGAAAGACCUUGCUGGGAACCAGAUGACGCUACAGCAGCUUCUAGAGGCUGGAAGCUGGAAGGCAUGUUUAUCUCUGCCCAAUAUCAUGAGUCCGAGAGACGACGAAAACUAA